ACACAUGGGUACUGUGUAUAUCAGUCACUCCAUAUCCUUCAAACGUUGAAAAACAAGAAACCUUGGGGUUCGGCAAUGGGUUCAGAGACUCUGCAGCUCCCAGUGAUCGAUUUCUCCGGCAAAAACCUUAAAAAGGGGAGCAAAGAGUGGGAGUGUACGAGAUCUGAUGUCCGAAAAGCCCUCGAGGAAUUCGGAUGCUUCGAGGCAUCCUUCGAUAAGAUCCCUCUCCAUCUUCGGAGGGAGAUUUUCGGGUGUUUGGAAGAGCUUUUCGACUUGCCACUGCAGACCAAACUGAGAAACGUGUCCAAGAAACCCUUCCAUGGAUACGUGGGUCAGUACCCUCAGGUGCCUCUCUACGAAAGCAUGGGCAUUGAUGACGCUGAUCUUCCUGAUCAAGUCCUCUCCUUCACUCAGAAGCUUUGGCCUCAUGGAAAUCACCAUUUCAGCAAUACGAUUCAGUCUUUCGCCGAGCAAUUAUCGGAACUCGACAUAACGAUAAGGAGAAUGACACUGGAGAGUUUUGGACUCGAAAAGUACAUCGAUGAACAUCUGGAAUCGACGAAUUACCUUCUGCGUGCGAUGAAAUAUAAAGGACCUGACACAGAGGAGACGAAGCUUGGCCUGAACGCUCAUACCGAUAAAAACAUUGUCACCAUACUUUACCAGAAUCACGUCGAAGGGUUGGAGGUUCAGACAAAAGACAACAAGUGGAUCAAAGUGAAGCCUUCCAAAGAUUCUUUCAUCGCCAUGAUUGGAGAUUCUCUCUACGCACUGCUGAAUGGAAGAGUGCACUCUCCUUAUCACCGAGUGAUGAUGACGGGAAAGGAAGCGAGGUAUUCUGCGGGAUUAUUCUCGAUCCCGAAAGCGGGUCAUAUCAUAUAUGCACCAGAGGAGCUCGUGGACGGGGACGAAUAUCCUCGGCUAUUCAAGCCCUUUGAUCAUGUCGAGUUCCUCCAGUUCUAUUACACUGAAGCUGGGCAGCGAGCUCAGUCCGCUCUCAAGACUUAUUGCGGCAUGUGAAGACGUUUUCGAGUGAUUUUUGAAGUCAUUCGUCCUUUCAUGUGUUCCAUAUAAAUAAAUUGUUUACUAUCUUAUGAAUGUUGUUCGCCGAAAACCAAUCAUUCGAAUCUCUGAAAUCGGAUCUUAAAGAUCGUAUCCUUACAAAUCUGACUAUUGUUUAACAGGUCAAUAAGAUGUAUAUGUGCAAUA